AUGGAUACGAUUCUGCUGAGUGACGCGCGCGGGCAUCGCAAUCAGCGAGUGGCGUUUGUUGCAGCCGUGCAACAGGUUCGACUGGACCAGCGCGUAAUGGUUGCGCGCCAGCGGGUCCAGACGUGUCAUGUCCUGCUCGUGGGCGAUCCGACUCGACAGUUUUUCAAGAUUACGUGCUGGGGAGACGCGCCGCCCACGUUGACGACGUACAGAGCGUCUUCGACGAGCUCAUGUUGCACGCAGUUUUCACGUUUGGACGCAGCGGUACAAGUUGGAGACAUUGUGCGUUUUGCUUCUUGCGGGAUCAAAGUCUACCGCGGUGACGUUGAGGCGCAGUUUGUGCAGCACACUGACGAAAUGGCUACGUCGUCGACGGGUCAGUUGCUAUAUCGGAAGGAUCGAUUCUUUGACAUGGAAGGCGUAUCACUCAAGAACUUGUAUCCGAUGAUUGAGUGGUACAAACGAAAUUGUCGAGAAGGUGUUGCCACGGAUGAUGAUGAUGGACUGGCGGCCGCUUUGGUGAAGACGGGAACGAACAGGUCGAUGCUCAAAGAUUUGCGUGAGAACAUGAUCGUGUCAGUUCUAUGCAAGAUACGGGACGUGGAGACCAAAGAAGCUGCGAAUGGUAGUGGAGGAAUCGAUGCUGCUUCAGAGCUAACGGGCGUCUUGCGUCGAGAGCUGGUCAUGCUCGACUCCGCCGGAGACGAGAUGAAUGUCAACUUUUGGGAUCGAUAUGCUGAGAAGCGGUUUGUUGCGCAGUUGCUUCAACACUGUGGUGCCGUCGAGAUUCGUGGCAUUGUGGUAAGCCUCCCAGCGUUAUCAAAUCGGCUGCUGGCAAACACGACACCACACACGACGUUCCGGCUAUUGGACCCGGGUGACCCCGAGUCGAUUGACUUUGAAAGGAAGCUCGCUUAUGUGAAGAAUGUGGAUCGCAGAAUCGCCACAUUCGGAGCGCCAGCCGACGUGCUGUCCUUUGCUUCGCUGAAAGAUCUGGCGAGUUCUCGAUUUGAGGGUCUGGCCACCUUGACAAACAUACGCGUCGAGCGAGUGUGCUUGAGCCGUCACUUUGGCUCUCAAGCCGCUGUCUCCGUGCGCUACGCUUCGCGUUUAGCAGAGCAAUUUUGUACUGGAUGCGAUCACGCCCUACCAGAACUUCCUUGUCGUGAUGCCGCAGCUCCCGUGCAGUACGGAGCUUGCCCGAAUCGAUGCGAGACGCACUCAGGUAGCAACGUUAGUACUGGAAGUGCCUGGAGGUACCGUCGCUUUUCGAUGAUUUUGUGCGACUCUUGGAACGAUCGAUUGCAAGUCGAAGCGGGUGAUCAGGUACUUGUAGAAAUGCUAGGGAACGUCGAGGCGCAAGCGAUGAUCGAGGGUCUACCACCAAACCAUCAGUUCGAUGCCGCGUGGGCUGUGACUACUCUCAUAAACGCCCUCGUCGACGAUGCAAAUCAAAGAUUUGAUGCAACGUUAAGGUGCGCCGCGGUAGAAAACCCGGACAAUCUUGGCCCAAACACUGGCAGCUACCAGGAGUCAAGCUGCGAUGAAGAUCGACUGGUUGGCCAACAAUAUAGCCUGUUGUCGCUAGUUCCGUGUGAUUUGAUUUCACCGUGA